GAUGACUGCUAUCAAUCAUUUGUUUACCAUGUAGUUGCUGCCUUCUCCUGAUAUUACUGUGAGCGGAGGUAGACUGGCUACUGUUGUCUGUGAAAGGUGUCCCGUUGCAAAGACCAGUUCCGAAGAAUGUGAAUAAACUUUGUUGUACAUCAACAACACAACAUCAGUCCCAUAUCAAAAGAUGGAAGCGCAAGACCAGGAGUCUCUGACCAGGUGGGAUGGGCUGGGCAGCCGCGACAUCAGCUCGAGGACGGCCGCCAUGGAGUACAUCCGCCAGGACGUCAUGAGGAAAGUCGAAGCUAUCGGGCCGAUACCACCUUCGUCGCCCUCUCCAGCACCGUCCGAGUGCCUCUGCAGCGACCUGAACAUCAUACUGGCCCAUCUGCUCAUGCUCACCAAACGGUGCCCUUUUGAAGAUGUGAAGGAGAGAUGCGUUCGACUUUUACAGGCCGUCCAGGAUUUAGGAAUAAGGAUCCCAAGACCUCUGGGGAACGGACCUAGUAGAUUUAUCCCUGAAAAAGAGAUUCUCCAAGUCAGUAAAGUGGACACCAGGACACAGUCGAUAUUUGAGGAUGCGUUCGCCGCCCUCGGUCGCCUUGACAACAUCUCCCUGGUGAUGGGCUUCCACCCGCAGUACCUGGAGAGCUUCCUGCGGACGCAGCACUACCUGCUACAGAUGGACGGGCCGCUGUCGCUGCACUACCGCCACUAUAUCGGCAUCAUGGCGGCGGCUCGACACCAGUGCUCGUACUUGGUCAAUCUCCACGUGAAUGACUUCCUCCAAGUCGGAGGAGACCCCAAGUGGCUCAACGGGUUGGAUGAAGCCCCGCAGAAGCUGCAGCAGCUGGGAGAGAUCAACAAAAUCCUGGCCCACCGUCCUUGGCUGCUCACCAAGGAGCACAUCGAGGGUCUCCUGAAGGCAGAGGAGCACAGCUGGUCCCUGGCCGAGCUCAUCCACGCCGUGGUCCUCCUCACACACUACCACUCCCUGGCCUCCUUCACUUUCGGCUGCGGCAUCAUGCCAGAGAUCCACUGCGACGGCGGCCAUACCUUCAGACCACCCUCCCUUAGCCAGUACUGCGUGUGUGACAUCGCUAACGGAAACAACCACGGCAAUCACCAUGACAGUCUUGGCAGCCAGGAGAUGUGCAGCGAGGUGGAGGUGCUGAUGGAGCGCAUGAAGCAGCUGCAGGAGUGCCGUGACGAUGAGGAAGCCAGCCAGGAGGAGAUGGCCACUCGCUUUGAGCGUGAGAAGACCGAGAGCAUGCUGGUGGUCACGGCCGAGGACGAGGAGUGGGUGCCCUCCAGGGACAUCUCCCGACACUUUGAGGACCCCAGCUACGGCUACAAGGACUUCUACAGGAGGGGGGAGCACGUGCCCACUUUCAGAGUGCAGGACUACAGCUGGGAGGACCACGGCUUCUCCUUGGUGAACAGGCUGUAUCCCGAUGUGGGUCAGAUGCUGGAUGAGAAGUUUCAAAUGGCGUACAACUUGACCUAUAACACCAUGGCCACACACAAAGACGUGGACACCAGCAUGCUGCGCAGGGCCAUCUGGAACUACAUCCACUGCAUGUUCGGAAUCAGGUAUGACGACUACGACUACGGCGAGAUCAACCAGCUGCUGGACCGUAGCUUUAAGAUCUACAUCAAGACUAUGGUGUGCAGUCCCGAGAAGACCACCAAACGAAUGUAUGAGAGCUUCUGGAGGCAGUUUCAGCACUCAGAGAAGGUCCACGUUAAUCUGCUUCUUAUGGAAGCGCGAAUGCAAGCAGAACUGUUAUACGCUCUGAGAGCCAUCACUCGCUACAUGACAUGAAGUGCUUUCAGCAUUUUUUUUGUCUUUUUUUAUAUAUAGUUUUUAUUACAUGCCAUUUCUCAAUGUGAGACAUUUCAUGAAAUCAUGUUGGUAAGGGUUUGCUCGAUGGAGAAGAUGGAUGCUGAGAAGAUCAGAACAAAAACUUGUCACAGGCACAGUUUUGUUUUUUUUUGCCUGCAGUGCCAAAAGUGUCCAACAGAGGGCAUCCUGGAUGUCAGGCACCCAAGUAUUGAGUAUUCCAGCAUGCGCCACCCUCUUCCACCUGACUGAAGACCCUUCUAGGAAAAAAAAAAAAGCUGUGCAGCCACAACCCGUCUGCACUGUUAAUACUGUUAUUAGUUUCUUUUUGAUAUCUUGUUUGAGGAUGCGGUCGUCGUGGUAACAGGCGACGGGACGCAUCACAUUUGGGCCACCGUACGUGUGCCUGAACGAUCCAGCGCAGUGUUCAUAUGCUGCAGUGUGCUGAUGCUGCUGCUCCCCUGAAUUGUAUUCAGCGGGAAGGGAGGGGGUCAUAUUGACCCGCCCCCCACCCCAAAAUUACCUCCCCAACUCUCAGUCAUAGUCCCUAUCCAUUUGCAAUCCACUGCAUUAACCCCAUUCCCCUCUUAUCCCAAAUGUCUGUGUAAGCUAAUUCAAGGAGUGUGUGGAGACUCAAAGAACACUGAGCCCUUUUUGAGUUAACCGUGUGUAUGUGAAAGAGAGAGAGUGUGUGUGAGAGCGAGAGAAGGUAGCUUUUUGAAUUUCAUGUGUCAUAAAAAAAAAAAGGCAAGGCGCUUUGAAGGAGACUUCUUGCUUCUGCUGUAGCUCUAUUGUGAUAACUGUUUGUUUUUUGUCAAUAUCUUUAUUUUUCUGGCAAGGGGGCAGGGCAGGGCUUCUUGCCCCAGCGACACACACACACACACAAUGCUAGCUGUCUUCCGUGUUAUCCCAGCUGCCUGGUCACACUCGAGGGUGUGAAUUUUACCAGUAAAAGAAAUACCUCUUCUGUUUUUCUCCAAAGUGCUCUUUGGUGAGCGCAGACUGAUUUUUAAAAAUAUACAUAUUUUUUCCUUUUCUCCCCGGGCUGCCAUUGUUCCGAUUGCAGUCGCUUUGGAACGUGAAAGGAUGUAGCUGUGCUUAUUAAGCUUAACUAGUGCAGAAGCAGCUUUUUUUUGUAAAAAAAAAAAAACAAAAAAAUAAGUGUUGUUUUGUUCACUAAAACAAGUACUGCAUUUUUUUUUUUAGGGUGGAUUAAGAGAGAUAAACGUUUCGAUGGGGUGGUGACGACAAAAGAAUGGUACCUUUGGAAGUUGUUGGAGGAAAAAGAGUGGAGAGUUUUUGUUUUCCAAACUUCUGACUGAUGUCAGUUACUGACACUUUUUAUAUGAAAAUAUAUGAAAAAUUUACAAAAAAAAUAAAUUUAUGAUAUUGAAUUGUGUAUCAUUUGUAGCGUAAAGUUGUUUGGUUGAAUCAUCAGUGAGGAUUGUGCAAGAAAGCGCACUAAAUGAGGUUCACAUUGUUAUGGAAAGUGGAAAUGGGAUAUGUCCAUGCAAAACGGGGGAUCGCACUAUUCUCACUGAGCUUCGGCUAGUGUUGAGUUCAAGUGUCGGUCAGCUGGAUAACCAUGUGACUCAUCCCAUCUCCUCUGCCCCCGUGGCAUGAUCCAGGUCAAAGUUUGAGGUGCAAGUGGAACAGCUUACUGUUUCUCAUGCACCUCACACGGAGGGGGGGUGGAAUCACAUUUCUCUAUGUGAGAGAGCCAAAUUAAACAUUUUGUGUUACGACAUCAUCACCAGCACAAUCACUACCCCCAAAACUGCCUUCACUCACAUCUCAUUUAUAGGAUUACAAAGCAAACAACCUCAACAUCAGCUCAUAUUUCAUAUCAACCCACUGAAUUGUUUGUUCAUGAGAUGUAAAGAGUGUUUUAAGGUUUGUACACAAAGUGCCGUUCCUGAUUUGUUUUGAUGUAAUGUGACUGAAAUGCUGUACUUUUAGAGGCUACUUGUAAGCACUGCCUGGGCCCCAUGUCUGUGUACUAAUAAUAAAGGUUUUCCAGAGGCUAAACA